CACCGUGGCGCGAUGGCGGGGGUCGUGUGCGAGCGGGUCAAGGUCUACUGUCGCCUGCGUCCGCAGCUCGUCGCCGCCGCGCCCGAAGACGACGGGUCGACGUUUGUCACGGGCGGCGCGUCGCACUGCGUGGGCGGCGGCGCGGCCGUCACCAUAGCCGGUACCGAGAGCCAUCCGCUGCCAAAGCGGCUCGUCUUGAAGGACACGAAUGCGAGUCCCAAGGACUUUGAAUUCGACGGGUGCUUUCGCCAAGACGCGACACAGGACGCCGUGUACGCGGCAGUCGCGCGCGACCUUGUGCAGAGCGUCCUUCUCGGCUACAACGCAACGAUCAUGGCGUAUGGCCAGACCGGCUCGGGCAAGACACACACAAUGAUGGGGCCGACCGAGGACGGACCGGACCGCGGCGUGAUUCCGCGCUGUCUCCAGAGACUGUUUACGUCGCCGACCGAGACCGGGCUCCGAUUUCACUUGAGUUUUGUGCAAAUCUACUGCGAGCGCGUCUUGGACCUUCUGAGCGGCCUCCCGACGCCCCUCUCGAUCCGCGAGAGCGAAGACGACGGUGUGUUUGUCGACGGUGUUCAGAAAAAGCACGUGCACUCGGUCGAGGAGUGUCUGCACUGGAUCCACGUCGGCAAUGCCAACCGCACGGUGGCCGCCACCAACAUGAACGCUCACUCGAGCCGCAGCCACGCCGUCAUUACGCUUCAAGUCGAGCGCAUCGAUGCGGCGCAGGCCUCGUCCCAGGUCGUGCAAAAGAGUCAGCUGCAUUUGGUCGACUUGGCCGGGUCGGAACGGGUCAAGAAGUCGCUUGUCCGCGGGUCGCACGUCAACGAGCUCAAAGCGAUCAACCUCUCCUUGUCGGCGCUCGGCAACUGCAUCUCGGCGCUCAGCAAGCAGCAGUCGCACGUGCCGUACCGUGAUAGCAAAUUAACCCGGCUGCUCCAAAACAGCUUGGGCGGCAACGCCAAGACCGCCCUCAUCCUCGCCGUGACGCCCGAAGCCUCGGAAGCGGCCGAGAGCCUCGCGACGCUGCAAUUUGGCCAGCGCGCUAUGCAAAUCCAAGUCUCAGCGCACGUCAACGUCGUGCCCGACUACAAACGUCUCGUCGAGAUGCUUCAGGCCAAAGUCGACGCGUACGAAGACAAGUUGCACGGCCUCGACACGGAGCUGCAGGCAUCCCGGGACCAACAGGCGUUUCUCGUCAACCAAGCCGACGAGGCAAGGCUCGAAGCCUCCAAGAUGGCCUUUGAGAUGGAAGCGCUCAAGACCACAACCCAGCUGCAAAUUGCUAUGGCCAAACAAGCACCGUCGCCCGACCGUGCAGCGGCCGAGAGUGAUGACGCACGUGAGGCAUCAGCUUCGUCAUCGUCCAACGUGUUGGAGGCGUUCGAGUCCAAACUGCAAGCACUCACAGCUCAGCACAGCGCCGAGCUCUACGCCCUCAAGCAGCGAUUCGACUUUCAAGUCGAGACGCACAAGCAAAUUGCGAACCGCGCCAACCAGGAGUGGCACAACAUUGAGCACGAGCUCUCGAGCGAGCGCACGGCGCACCUUGAAACGUGCCACGAGCUCCGCGCGACAAAAGAAAAGUACUUUGCGCUCGAGAGCGACCACGUCGACCGCAUCAGCGACGUCAGCAGCGAAAAGAAGGAGCUCGAGACCCACGUCGCGUCCCAUCUGCAGACCAUCCAGCGGCUUGAACACACGAUCGGCGACCUCCGGCUGCAGCUGGUCGAGGCGCAGAGCGGGCGCUCCGAGCUCUCGGCAUCGAUUGACGCCAACUUUGUGUCGCGCGACCAAGUCAACGAGAUGGAAGCCCUCUAUUCGGACGCGAUCACCAAGCUCCAGAGCCGCGUCGAGUCGCUCGAAGGUCAAAAGCCCAAGAAACCAUCACCACCCAUCCUCGAAACCCCAAAGCCGCCGUUGAUCCCAGUCAAGAAAGACUCGCUGAUUGGCAAGAAGGCUGUGCCCAAGGUUGGCCGCGUCAUGCCCGGCGGGCGGCGUUGAGACCACGUCGACUCUAGUAUGUACAAUAUACCCAAUUAACGCUGGCGACGCUUCAACGUUGCUUAUGGCAGAGUUGUUGAGAGAGUAC